CCCCAGCGCUUCUCCGCCUGACCUUGGCCCUGCAGGUGUCGGGGAACCGCCUCUGGGAAACGUGGGGCCGCAGUACCUGCUUUGUAAGGUGGUGGUGGGACUAAGGGUUCCGUCCUCUGAAGCACCGAGAGCUGUGCGUGGCUCCCAGGAAGGGAUCCAGGUCGCUAACUAUAAUGAGAAUAAGCGAUGAUCUUUCCAUCAUUACGCUUUGACAGUUCUCGUGUAACUGUUGUAGCUAUAGCAUACGCCUUGGGGUGAUGAGGAGGUUUUUGUUACUCUAUGCUACACAGCGAGGACAGGCAAAGGCCAUAGCAGAGGAAAUAUGUGAGAAAGCAGUUGCACGUGGAUUUUCUGCAGAUCUUCACUGUAUUAGUGAGUCAGAUAAGUACGACCUAAAAACCGAAACAGCGCCCCUUGUUCUCGUUGUUUCUACCACGGGCGACGGAGAUCCACCUGACACAGCCCGCAAGUUCGUUAAAGAAAUACAGGACAAGACACUGCCGGCUGAUUUCUUUGCUCACCUGCGGUAUGGGUUACUAGGUCUCGGUGAUUCAGAGUACACGUACUUCUGUAACGGGGGGAAGAUAAUUGAUAAACGGCUGCGGGAGCUUGGUGCCCAGCGUUUCUGUGACACUGGCCAUGCGGAUGACUGCGUGGGUUUAGAACUUGUGGUUGAGCCGUGGAUUGACGGACUCUGGGCUGCCCUCACGAAGCAUUUUAUGUCAAGUAGAGGAAAACAGGAGAUGAAUGGAGCUCUCACAAUGGCAUCUAAUGGCUCCUGGAGGACAGACCCCAUGAAACCGGAACUGUUACACAUCGAAUCACAAGUGGAACUUCUGAGAUUAGAUGAUUCAGGAAGAAAGAAUUCUGAGGUUUUGGAACAAAAUGCAGUGAACGGAGGUCAAUCAAAUGCUUUGGUUGCAGACUGUGAGUCUUCACUUACCCGUUCCAUACCUCCACUUUCACAAGCCUCUCUGCAUAUUCCUGCUUUACCACCAGAAUAUUUACAGGUACAUCUGCAGGAGCCUCUUGGCCAGGAGGAAAGCCAGGUAUCUGUGACUUCAGUGGAUCCAAUUUUUCAAGUUCCAAUUUCAGAGGCAGUUCAACUGACUACAAAUGAUGCCAUAAAAACCACUCUUCUGGUAGAAUUGGACAUUUCAAAAACAGAUUUUUCCUAUCAGCCUGGAGAUGCCUUCAACGUGAUCUGUCCCAACAAUGAUUCUGAGGUACAGAACCUCCUACAAAGACUACAACUUGAAGACCGAAGAGAACACCGUGUCCUCUUGCAAAUUAAGGCAGACACAAAGAAGAAAGGCGCAUCCUUGCCCCAACAUGUACCUGAGGGAUGUUCUCUCCAGUUCAUUCUUACCUGGUGCCUUGAAAUACGAGCAGUUCCUAAAAAGGCAUUUUUGCGAGCCCUGGUGGACUACACCAGCAAUGGUGCAGAAAAGCGAAGGCUACAAGAGUUGUGCAGUCGACAAGGAGCGGCCGACUAUAACCGUUUCGUAAGAGAUGCCUGUGCCAGCUUGUUAGACCUCCUCCUCGCUUUCCCGUCCUGCCAGCCACCCCUCAGUGUCCUGCUCGAACAUGUUCCUAAGCUCCAACCCAGACCAUAUUCAUGUGCAAGCUCCAGUCUGUUUCACCCAGGGAAGCUUCGUUUCAUUUUUAACGUUGUGGAGUUUUUGUCUAACACUGCGACGGUGGUUCUGCGGAAGGGCGUGUGCACGGGCUGGCUGGCCACGCUGGUGGAAUCACUUCUUCAGCCACACACGUGUGCGUCCCAUGCAAAUGGCGGGAGAGCCCUGGCUCCUGAGAUAUCCAUCUCUCCUCGAACAACAAAUUGUUUCCACUUACCAAAUGACCCGUCAGUCCCCAUCGUAAUGGUGGGUCCUGGGACCGGCAUAGCGCCCUUCAUUGGUUUCCUCCAGCACAGGGAGAAACUCCAAGAACAGCACCCAGAUGGACACUUCGGAGCGAUGUGGUUGUUUUUUGGCUGCAGAUAUGAGGAUCGGGAUUAUUUGUUCAGAGAAGAGCUCAGACGUUUCCAUAAGCUUGGAGUCCUAACUCACCUGAAGGUUUCCUUCUCAAGAGAUGCUUCUGCUGGGGAGGAGGAAGCCCCAGCAAAGUAUGUGCAGGACAACAUCCGGCUUCACAGCAAGCAAGUGGCAAGAGUGCUUCUUCAGGAGGACGGAUGCAUUUAUGUGUGUGGAGAUGCUAAGAAUAUGGCCAAGGAUGUAAAUGAUACCCUCGUGGAAAUCAUAAGCAAAGAGGCUGGAGUUGAAAAACUAGAAGCAAUGAAAACAUUGGCUACUUUAAAAGAAGAAAAGCGGUAUCUUCAGGAUAUUUGGUCAUAAAAUGAGAAAAAUAAAGGAAGAGAAUUAAGCUUUUUUGGCCAAAAGUACCCAAAGACAAUUUUACCGAAGCUGAGGCUUCAAUUUUUAAAAUUAAAAUGUUUUGUAGCAUUUCUUGGAGGAGGAAGGGUGGGGAGUGGGUCACUUAACAGUGUCGCAAACUUCCGGUGCGGCUUUCCACAUCUGCCCAUCCGCAGACCGCCCUGUCGCUCGGGGCCCUGAGCUGAGAGGCAGCCCUCAUGCCUCCACCAGCACCUGCCGGGGCCCCUUUCCACCCUGGAGAGCCCCGAGCAGUCCACAGGGAUCUGUAUCUGUAUCUGUGCGUGCGAGCGCCUCCCAGUCUGGGAUGCGGGCACUAGAAUGGACUGGGUAGAGAGUUCAAACUUGGGAACUUAGCUUGCCAAUUCUUUUUAAUAAUGUAAAAACAGUUUUCUAUAUGAAAUAUGCCAUAAAGAAUAUUCAUAUUAAUGUAUUUAAAUGACACAUGUACAGCAUAUCUGAUGAUAUGUUUAUAUAACUUUAUCAAAUGGUUAUUUAUUACCAAACUAUAUUUCUGAUAAAAUAUUUUAAGGUAAUACUUUCAGGGAUUUCUUUUUAUGAUGCUAGAAAUGUGAAAUAUCUUUUGAAAUUCUUCUCUGACAUAUGAUUUAUUUAUCACAAUUACUUUUUAAUAGCACAAUUCCAGAAUUUAGGGAAAUUUGCAUUCGGUUUACAGUUGCGAGCAAGUGUAUAUUUUAGUAAAGCUACAGCCUUUCUCUACCUCCCCCCUCCCCUACGAGUCCUUUCAUUUCUGCUCCUUUUGGCAUACUUUUAAGUUUUUCCACAUAAUUUAUCUUAGCUCCGUGAUAUCACUCAAGCUGUAUCGUAGACUUAAAAUACCUACUUAAAUUAAUACCCUUGCAGUUUUUAGAUUCCUACUACGGUCUGAAUUCUUAUGUCCCCAAAUUCCUAUGUUCAGAUUCUAACCUCCAGUAUGUUGGUGUUAGGAGGUGGGGCUUUGGGAGGUGACUGGGUCAUGAGGGUGGGGCCCUCGGGAAUAGGGUGGGGCCCCUGUAAGAGAGACUGCACACAGUUCUCCAGCCCCUUUCACAGUGAGAGGUCAGCCGUCUGUAGCCCAGAAGAGGCCUUCGCCAGAACCCAGCCACGCUGCCAUGCUGGUCUUGGACUUGGAGCUUCCAGAACUGGGAGAAAGAAAUUUCUCUUGUUUAUAAGCCACUCAGUGUCUGGUAUUUUGUUACAGCAGCCUGAACAGGCUAAGGCAAUUCCCAGUGACAAAUUCUCUCUUAAAACUUGUCAAAACGGAAAACAAAAUGUAAAGGGGUGUGAUUUUUCUCCUAGGCUCUGUAAUAUAUAGGUCUUUUAUUAAAGAGAUUGGUAUUUUAAAUACCAAUCUCUUUGUGGCCAUUUUGAAAAAUAAAGAUCUGAAGGAAAUAUAAUCUUAAGAUUUGGUAA